AUGUCAGUCCGCCAACUCUACAAUGCGCUCGCUUCCCAAGACCAACAGGCUCAGACGCCCUCUAGCUCAGACGACAUACCAGCCCAGCUUGAGCUCGACCUGCGUGCCUUUGGUAGCAUACUGAUUCAGCAAGCUGGCGUACUGCUCAGGUUGCCGCAAAUCGUCAUGGCUACUGCCUCGGUACUCUACCAGCGAUUCUGGUUCGUCACUUCCUUCAAGCAUUUCGGCGUAAGGGAUAUAGCACUCGCUGCGCUCUUCCUGAGCUCGAAGCUAGAAGAAACGCCGAUACGCAUUCGCGACCUCAUCAACGUCUUUGACUGUCUGCUCAAAUUUGUCGAAUACCAUCAAACCCGACUGGCUCUCACCCUCGCGCGAGGAGCUGCUCAGCAGCAUGCUCAAAGUAGGCCCAAGGAGUUUCGUUACUUGCCCAUGGACUACUUUGCCAAAGAGUUCUACGAUCUCAAGGAAGAGACGGUCAUUGGCGAGAUGCAAAUCCUCAAAAGGCUAGGCUUCGACGUAUCUGUCCAACACCCGUAUGGUGCACUCGUCAACUACCUCCAAGUCCUCGAGCUAGCCAACCGCUCAGACGUAGCAUCCAAAGCAUGGGGAUUCUGCAACGACGCACUUCUGACGCCUUUAUUAGCUACGCAUCCGCCCGGGGAUGUCGCAGCGGCAGCGAUUUACUACGCUUGUGCAAUGAUCACACCGGCCGUCUCGCUGCCGCUGAAACCCCGACCUUGGUGGGAGCUCUUUGAUGUCUCGAGCGAAGAGACACUCGUGCACAUCACCGAGACCGUGCUAGACCUAUACGACAGAUGGGCUCUCACUUCUCCAGACACAGACCAGAGCGCAGUGACCAUCUGGGAGCAAGCCGCCGCUAGAAAGCUGCCAACGACGAAAUCACAAGUCCGUACAUCGCUAGAAAGGCAGUCGAGGUGA